CUUUAUCUCCUCCUCCAUGAAUCAAAGAGUAUUGAUCAUUACAAUCCUGGUCCAAAAGCCAAGAUCUCAAAUUCUCCUGAAAAUAAGAAGAGAUGGUCCUGGAUAGACCACUGAGUCAACCUGACUGAGAAGAAUUACUGAAAAUGAUCAUGGAAACAAACUUAAUUACUGAAUACACAUCGGCUCGCAGAAAAGAAAUCGAAGUUCGUUUCUCGUAAUGGCAAUUGGGACCGCUUCUCUGGUUUACGCAGUUUUCCUGUCUGUUAUGAUAGUUUUUAACAUAGCAGGGAACUCGGUGUGCUUGGUAAUUUUGAAGAAAAAUGUAAUGAAAACCUCGAUCAACUGGCUUCUUUUCCAUCUGGCAGUUGCUGAUGUACUGGUCGCGUUAUUAUUCAUUUAUCCAUGCAUUCUGAGCCACUUCAUCGAACAACCGGGCGGAGUUAUUGGAGAUCUGCUGUGCAAGUUUCUUUCCAGUGGGUCUUUGGGUUGGAUAGCGGCUGCCGCUUCGAGCUUCCUGUUGGUUGUCAUAGCAUCGGAACGGUACAGCGCCACCUUACACCCGUUGAAAAAGAAGCAAAGUGGUCGAUCGUCAUGGUGGGUGCCAAUUGCAUGGGUUUCUGCAAUUCUGUUGCUAAUGCCCUCUAUUGUUGUAACAAGCUACGAUUCACAAACUCAACAAUGUAAGCAACGCUUUCCAGACAACACAACAGCUCGCGCAUACAAAAUUACUUGGUCAACCAGCAACUCCCUCCUACCGAUGUGUAUCAUGGGAUACCUUUACGCACGAAUUAUUUGGUGUCUACGCAACCGCACCCUCGUCCCAUGCUCCUCUCAAAAAAUCGUCACAGAGUCACGAAAGGUUACUAAGAUGCUUAUUUCAGUGUCGGCCAUCUUCAUCAUGUGUUGGACGCCUCCCGCAGCGCUUUGCGUGCUUAGUCCCUUGAUUCGGGGAGGCUACACCACCGUACACUAUGUGUCCCAAACAAGUGCACUUCUGAAUUCCUGUCUCAAUCCGCUGGUAUACACACUACAUAGUCAGCAGUUCAGGAAGAACCUCGUCUCGUUAAUGCCAUGCUGCAAAAACAAGCAUCUUAAUUCUCGCUCAACAGGCAAAGCAACAAACUCUCCUGAAAUAAGAUUAUUAACUUAUUAGACAACUAGCUGGUUUG